AUCUAGCCCCUGGGAGGGGGAGGGGGCGGGGGCAGCGGGACUCCUGCACGCGGCUUUCAGGGUCCUCAAGUCCCCUCCGACGACGUCCUUAGCUUCUGGGCGAGGUCCCUGUCCCUGACCUCGUGGGCCCAGCACACACCCACCUCCAUGCAGUACUGCCCACUAACCCGAGGAUCGCCCGCCCUCCCUGGCCUCCUGGGAGAUCUACUCCUGCCUGAGCCCAGCCCCUGCCCGCACAGCUGCCUCACCUCCCUGUCCUCCAACGCUGUGCCCUCACUCUGCUCCCCCUGGCACUCGCAGCAUGGCCGAGGGAAGCUACAGCGUGCAGUCGGGGAGCUACGCUGUUGAAGACAUGGAGGAAGGCAGAGGCGAGGCGGGCAGGGAGGAAGAGAUGGUGGAAGGAAACGACUACGAAGAAUUUGGUGCUUUUGGCGGCUAUGGCGCCCUCACCAGCUUUGACAUCCACCUGCUCAGAGCCUUCGGCAGCCUGGGGUCGGGCCUUCGCAUCUUAUCGAACGAGCCCUGGGAACUGGAAAACCCUGUGCUGGCCCAGACCCUGGUGGAGGCUUUGCAGCUGGACCCGGACACACUGGCCAAUGAGACGGCCGCCCGUGCUGCCAACGUAGCCCGCUCUGCCGCCUCCAACCGAGCCGCUCGGGCUGCUGCCGCUGCCGCCCGCAGGUCCUUCAACCAGGUGAUGGGGAACCACCGGCAGCCCACACCGCAGGCCUCGGGACGUGUGAGCCAGCCCGUGCCGGACGCCAGGGCCCCGGGGGCCGCCCCGGAAACACCUCCUGCUUCUCCGCAGAUCUUUCCAAGCACCUGGAACGAGGAACAUGAGAGCAGGCGAGGAGGAAGAGGAGAGCCCUGUGGCCGGUCCCACAGACCUGGAGAGCGUCACAAGCCGCCCCUGCCGGCGCGGGCUCAGGUGGCCCCUCGGCCCCCGAUGGCCGCCACGUCUCAGAUCCCGUCCAGGCACGUCCUGUGCUUGCCCCCGCGCAACGUGACCCUUCUUCAGGAGAGGGCAAACAAGUUGGUGAAAUACCUGAUGAUCAAGGACUACAAGAAGAUCCCCAUCAAGCGCUCAGACAUGAUGAAGGACGUCAUCCGAGAAUAUGACGAGCACUUCCCCGAGAUCAUCGAGCGAGCCACCUACACUCUGGAGAAGAAGUUUGGGAUCCACUUGAAGGAAAUCGACAAGGAGGAGCACCUGUACAUCCUCAUAUGCACGCGGGACUCUUCAGCUCGCCUCCUGGGAAAGACCAAGGACACCCCCAGGCUGAGUCUGCUCUUGGUGAUCCUGGGCGUCAUCUUCAUGAACGGCAACCGCGCCAGCGAGGCUGUUCUCUGGGAGGCGCUCCGCAAGAUGGGACUGCGCCCCGGGUACGAUUGGCCUCUCGGCUCCUGCCCCCCUGUGCUGAAUUCCUCCAGAAGAGAUCCUGGGAUUGCAAUACCUGGUGGUCUGGUGUUUGCACCUGGGGGCUUUCCAGGGUUCGGUCUGUCUGCACAGAAAAACCUGGUGGGGUAG